GGGUCCAAGUAGGAACCUAAUUGUUCUAGUCACAGAAGCAGGCCCCGUCUAGCCUUCAUUAUAUCUUUUAAAUACAUUUGGUUAUCUUUUCGGCGCUAUGCGCGUUGUGGAAGGUUCAGGAACUGAUGGGAAGUGAAGAUAUGUGAGAUGAAGGUUUGGCUUCCUGCGUCCAGCAGAUUUAUGGGUGUAAGGAUGGCCAUCCAAUGAUGGAUAACUGCUGGUCAGUUUGGUGAGACCAUAAUUGUCCUACACAUCCAAAUUCUGAUCCUGCUGAAUUGCUUUGAGCGGUCAAGGUGGAAAAACAGAUGGAAGGAUGGAUUCCAUACAGUGCAAAGUGGCAGAUGGGCUGACGGUCAGAUUGCGGCGUCUUCGGAUGCUAGACACAUUCUACGCACAAUGCAGAGUGCAGAGGACUCCGCGUGAAGCUGCGUCCCACAGGCUGAGCACAGGAUGUGAAUAAUGCUGGUUCCUGGCAGUCACAGUUGCUACACACAAUUCUCAGCCCAGGAACAGGUCAGCUGCAUGUCACUCAUCCCCCAGUGCACCUGACAGGGCAGACACUGGAACCUGCUGCUCUUACUGGGACACACGCCCGGGGGGCGGACACCCUGCAGACCUCAUUCACACUCUCACAUACAGUCCCACACGGCUAACUAAUGCAGCUGUGACACCGCCUGGCAUAGUAAACACCACACACACCGUCCAGCAGCACAUAUACAUACAUUACUACAGCCCAUAGAGCACACACAUAUGGACAGUAUACAUACACGGCACACAGGGAACCCCGACUACACACAGAAGAUGAACAAUCACCUAGCUAGCCAAGAGGAGGACCUCCCGGCCAACGCCGCUACCUCAGGAUCCAACCUGGGGGCAGACGUGAUCCAGAAGCUUCUCCGAAAGAGCCAAGAAGCCAAAACAUUUGCCCAUUGUCCUUACAGCAAGUUCAGAGUUGGGGCCGCAGUCCUUACCCGGGAUGGGAGAAUUUACCUGGGUUGCAAUGUGGAGAAUGCCUGCUACACCCUGGGAAUAUGUGCGGAGCGUACGGCCAUUCAGAAGGCGGUGUCUGAGGGCUGUAAAGAAUUUCUUGCCAUAGCCAUUGCAAGUGAUGUGGAAGAGGAAUUUAUAAGUCCGUGCGGAGCCUGCCGGCAAGUCAUGCGAGAGUUUGGAUCGGAAUGGGAGAUCUUCCUCACCAAGCCAAGUGGAGACUACCUGCUGAAAACGCUUCACCAGCUACUGCCAAUGUCUUUCGGCCCUGAGAACCUACACAAUUAAUAAGAUGUUAUUUACCUGAUCUAUAGUAUAUUAUUUAUUAUUAAAUAAAAUUGUAAUCACAGCGGAGGACGGGCUGCCCCGGAGGUACGCAACUGCUCUCCGCCACAUUAAAUUUGGAGGUUUUUAGGACUAUGGGGUGUUUUAUUUCCAUGUUUAUUAAGUGUAAAGUCCCUGAGCUGUAGUAACUGUAGAAUGCUGCACCAAGUGGACAAUUAUCAUGGAAUAGCUCAGGAACAAACAUGAAAUUCAUUAGUUCUACUGUUUUUUGCACAAAAAGCUGCAAGUGCUCAGAGGAAAGCUGCAGGUGCUCAGAGGAAAGCCGCAAGUGCUCAGGGGAAAGCUGCAAGUGCUCAGGGGAAAGCUGCAGGUGCUCAAAGGAAAGCUGCAGGUGCUCAGAGGAAAGCUGCAGGUGCUCAGAGGAAAGCUGCAAGUGCUCAGGGGAAAGCUGCAAGUGCUCAGGGGAAAGCUGCAGGUGCUCAGAGGAAAGCUGCAGGUGCUCAGAGGAAAGCUGCAGGUGUUCAUAGAAAAGCUGCAGGUGCUCAAAGGAAAGCUGCAGGUGCUCAGAGGAAAGCUGCAGGUGCUCAGAGGAAAGCCGCUGUCACUCAGAGGAAAGCUGCCGGUACACAUAGGAAAUCUACAUGUACUCAGAGGAGAGCCGCUGUCACGCAGAAGAAAGCUGACGGCACUCAGAGGGAAGCUGCCGGCACUCAGAGGAAAGCUACAAGUUGAUACAGAAUGCAUAGCAGCUUCCACUCUGGACAUGUAUUCAGAUGUUUAUUUUAUUCAUUUCUAAAUUGAUUUAGCUGAUUUCUGGUUAUAAAAAUUAAAAAUUGUAUUAAAAAAAAAGUGCCGGAACUGCGUCCCGCUGAGAACCAACAGAAAAAAUGUCUAUUUUAUUUGUAUUAUCCUUGGCGAAUGUUGAACGCACCAGAAGUAAUAUGAGCACUUACAGUAUAUUAGAAAACAAGUUUGAUACCAGGAGUCAUCAUCCAGAUGAAAUCAAUAGGACAGUUUAUGUUUUGCUUGGCAAAGGCACAUUUUUUCCCGACAGGUGUUACAUUAUUAUAAUUAUUAUUAUUAUUAUUUAUGUAGCAUCACCAUAUUAUGCAGAGCUGUACAGAGAAUAUUUCAUCAUUUUUAAAUAAUCCGUGCCCUAUUGGAACGUACAUUCCAAUUUCCCCAGCGCACACACGCGAAUAUAUAUUGCUCAGUACCCAGUUAUCCUGUAUGGGACUAUGGGAAGAAAUUCCCAUGUACAGCAGGAGAACAUACAAACUCCAUCCAGAGAGAGCAAUGGACAGAACGCAGGUCCCCAGCUGUCCUAUUAAAUGUUUACCUUGCUAUGCAUUAGGUAACACAAUGUUGCAUGCUUCACUGGAGGAAGUGGGCCAUACAUGUUCCCUGCUGGUCACCAGAUAACCGCACAGCAGUAUGAUCAGCUCUGUACAGGAGCUAUAAAGUCUGCAAAAUGACAGAUAACCGCUCUGAAUUAUGAAGCCAAAGCCGAGCUCCCAGACUGUAUCACUGGAGCUUUGCACCUUAUCACAGCGGCCUGUCCUGCAGCCGAACGCAACAUUCCUACUGUUACAUUGUUACAGAUUAAACAGAAAAAAGAAAAAGAAAAUAAAAGGGUAAUUCAGACCUGAUCGCAGCAGCAAAUUUGUUAGCAGUUGGGCAAAACCAUGUGCACUGCAGGUGGGGCGGAUGUAACAUGUGCAGAGAGUGUUAGAUUUAGGUGGGUUAUAUUGUUUCUGUGCAGGGUAAAUACUGGCUGCUUUAUUUU